UACAGGCGAGACCCGCCCGGAUGACUUCAGUACUGCAGCAGCUCAUGAAGGUGUUUGUGACUCGGAGGAUCCCCCCAGCGGGGCAGGCGGUCUUGACUCAGGCCGGCGUUUGCAGCAUCCAGCAGUGGGAUUCAGAGGAACCAAUCCCACAGGCAGAAUUGCUAGCAGGGGUAGCUGGCAAAGAUGGGCUCCUGUGUCUCCUGUCUGACCGGAUAGACAAGAAAGUCUUAGAUGCAGCAGGGCCAAACCUCAAAGUAAUUAGUACAUUGUCAGUGGGCUAUGACCAUCUAGCCAUUGAUGAAAUUAAAAAACGUGGUAUCCGUGUGGGGUACACGCCGGACAUCCUGACCGAUGCCACUGCCGAGCUGACAGUAGCUUUACUCUUAGCAACGUCUCGCAGACUCCCUGAAUCAAUACUGGAAGUGAAAAAUGGAGGAUGGACGACAUGGAAGCCUCUUUGGAUGUGUGGCUACGGACUUUCAGGCAGCACAGUUGGGAUUAUAGGGCUGGGAAGAAUAGGGCGGGCCAUAGGGUAUCGUCUGAAACCUUUUGGAGUCAAAAGGUUUUUGUAUACAAGUCGUCAACCCAAACUUGAAGCUGCUGCGGAAUUAAAAGCAGAGUUUGUAUCCAUUGACAAGCUAGCAAAGGAGUCGGACUUUGUCAUUGUAACUUGUUCUUUGGUUCCUGAAACCCAAGGGAUGUGCAAUCGGGACUUCUUUCGUAAGAUGAAGGAAACAUCAGUAUUCAUCAAUACAAGCAGGGGAGCAGUAGUCAAUCAGGAGGAUCUUUAUGAAGCUUUAGUGAAUGGGGAAAUUGCCGCAGCUGGUUUAGAUGUCACAACCCCAGAACCUCUGCCAACAGACAAUCCACUUCUUUCUCUCAAAAAUUGUGUAAUCUUGCCUCAUAUUGGAAGUGCCACUUACUCAACAAGGAAUGUAAUGUCAGCGUUGGCUGCUAACAAUCUUUUGGCUGGCUUGAACGGAGAAGAUAUGCCAAGUGAACUUAAACUAUGAGAAGCUAGCCUACUCAAGUUAAUAUAAAUUGUUUUUAAACGGGGUGGAUUUAACUUUUUGGCCCCCGUCAAUUCUGAUUGAGCUUGUUGCCUUUCAAAUAAAAUAGAAUACAUAAUAAAUCAUGUUUUUCUGUGUCAUAAUUUUUUAAAAGCAAUAUGCUAAAACGUGCAAGAACUGGUGAAUAAUAUGUACUAUGAUUUGCAUAUGCCUCUACAGUGGUCCAAUUAACAGGGAAAAGGUAAGAAAGCAAGCUUAAGAAUUAUGAGAUUCCUUUUGUCAAUUAUUUCAACAAGUGCAUUUAAGCAGAGACAUUAUUUUAAUAGACUCAACAUAUCCAUAACUUUAGCAGACACUACAUUCUGCAUAAAAAGUUGGAUGGCAUCACAGCCUUAUUCUUCCCAUCAGCAACUAACUACAAUACAGCAAAUACAUAAAGUAAUAUCUAAUAACGGUGGUAAAAUUAUGAGUUCCCCUAUCCUGCACUAUUUUUGCUUCUAAUAUUGACAUGAGUUUAUCAAAUUGCUGCCAGAUGUCACUGUAAAAUCCUAUAAAGAAAAUUCUUAUUUUAGAAUUUUGCAAAAAAAAAAAAACCCAAACCCAACAACUAUUAGUGUUUCAAUUUCUUUUUCUUGUGAUCUGGGUAAAGAUACUUAACUAGAUUUUUCUAUAGUCAUUUGUUUUUCCUCACAGCUACCGUAUCCAUAAUCUCAGCCACGUUAAAAUGUAUAAGGUACAUUAUGGAUUGCAGAGCUAGCCUAAAACCCAUGGUCUGUAUAGUUAUAGCUAUACCAGUAACACUACAUUUAGUAACAGAAAUUAUUGAACAGAGAUGUAUUACAAUUUGAUGGUAGAAUAAUAAGUGUGUAAAAGAAACAACACCUUGGGUUUUAUGAUUGAAAACACCAGGCUAGAAACAGAGAGCCUGUCCUACCUUAGGCAUGAAAACAGGCUGGGUGUCUUUUAGUCCAGCCAUUCUUCCUCGGCCCAGCCCGCUUCACAGGAUGGUUGCUGUGGGGA